GAAUGAAAAGUCAAAGACAAAAUGCUUCUGGCAGAUUGAAAUACUCAGAAAUAUUACUAUAACACGUGUAGUAAUUUAUUAACGAAAGAAAAUGACAUUUGUCGAGCGGCGCAUUCGCGAAUAGAAGUUGACAUACGCGCUGUCAAAAACGGUGUUCUAUAUGUAAUAAAGCAUUAUUACAAUCAAUAACGAUAUACAUGUAUAUACUAAAACAUUAACGGUCAUUAUGCAUACGUGAUAAUUAAUAUUUGUGGAUCUAUAUUGAUGUUCUGGACUUAACCAUAUCUACUUUAUUGUAAAACCACGAGAUUUUUUCCAUUAUUUCCUAAAGAGAAAAAAGGAGAAAGGUUUCUUCUGUACUUUAUUUAAAACGUUAAGUCAUAAUUGGCAUUGGCUAUUUAAAAGAAAAUUUGGAAUAUAAAAUAAACGGUUUCUUAAAAUGUGCGUUUAAGAUUUUUUAUUAAACAUUAUUACGGUAAAAAGGAUGUAAAUUAAGUACAUUAAUGGGUAAAAGGAUUCAAAGUGCAUCAACGAGUGGUUUGUUAAGGAGGUAAACAUUAAGAAGUUAGGCAAACAGUUUAUUAAAGCAUUAGUAACGGAUGCGGAUUAAUACAUGUAUAUACAGAAACGUGUUAAUGGGUAACACCACUUCUAUCUGAGUCAGUGUCUAUACGGAAUAAGUGAGUGAUGGAUACAGUUUCAGAUGUGAGGUGUCCAUUCCUACCAGUGUCGCAUUUCCAUGACAACUUAGUCGUGUCAUCACUUUCUAACGCCGUCGGCAGUGUUGUAGAGUUCAUCUGUUCCGGCGACGACGACAUCUUGUCGGGACCGUCGGUAUUACAGUGUUCUGCAUCAGGAAGAUGGAAUGGUUCAGUCCCUACAUGUAUAAACGAAAAUGCGACACAAGCAUCUACAAUUUCCAUCUCAGACGCAGACGGGUCCUCAACGUUACCGCCGACAGCUAGUCCAGCGGAAGUAGAAGUCGAAACCGUCCUUGUUAUUCUUUGGGUAACUGGAGGUCUUCUAUUGGUGACCCUAGUAAUACUAAUGACUUGUAUUUUAACAACACAUAAGAAACGACAAAGGGACAGGUCACAGAGGUGUUCUCCUCGUGGACAAGGGAAUCCAAGACAUGGCGGAGUAAAUCCUACAUUUUCGAAUUACGAUGAGAUCUGGACAUGGAUCCCUGUUGUCAAUGGCAACACUGAUAACUGCCGAAAUCAAAAUAGUGCCGCCGCGAGAGAAAGUAGUGCUACACAAACAAAUAGGGAAUUAAUGAGAAACUUACGACUUCCAUCUUACAACGAAGCUAUAAGAGAAGGUCAAGCCGGAAGUAGACAUGUUAGUCAACCACAAAUCGUGCCUCAAAGACAAAAUGUCAUUCAAACUCAAACAACACCUCAUUCAAACGCUCAAAGACAAUCUCAUACGCAAAUAAACACAAGAACAAACGUCGCAAGGUCCGCGCACGUGCAUAGAAAUCCAGCUAGCAGUCGCGAAAACCGGGGUCAAACUCAAAGCGGAAGUAUUCUCCCAAGAUAUCAUAUUAGAGUUGACACACACACUUCCGCGAAUCCAUCAGAUCAGCAUCAUUAUGAAACUAUACCAGCAGACAUUAACAGAGACUCAAAUACCCGCAGUAAUCCUGAAAAUAUAACGAACGUUAGGGUCACAGCGUCGUCUGCUUUGCAACAGGCACGUGAUCUAGUCAAUCAGUCAAGUGCGCAUGCUCACCGUCCUCAACCGUCGGCUCCCGGAUUUAAUCACGUGCCAAGUGGAUCGAUGGCAAUUUCUGCAGCAAUGAGUUCAAGGGAUCCAAACUGGCAUUUAUCUACCCGUACCAAUACGACGCCAAAUGAACAGCGAAGAGGAGCGCAAGAUUCUCGGGCUCAAGUUCAUAGAUCUACACAAAAUUAUCAACGCAGUUCAUACGAUUUUCGCCAUAGCGAGGCUAGUGUGUUUGAAUAUUACAGCGACGGGGAUCGCCGGACAAGACCUCACAUUCCAUCAACAUCUGCAACCGUCGACGAUCCUCCACCGCCGUACAGUAUUUCUAGAGAGCCGACUUGUCAGGGACGUGACGCAACUUCCGGUCACGCAGCGUCUAGAUCGUCCGGUACAGGAGGGGCAGUCUCAAUGCGCACUGGAUUUGAAAGUCAGUAUUUUUAGAACAGUCAAGUAAAGGUAGAUGUACGUAACAAUCGGAUAAUAAAUGAUCAAACAUUUGGUGCUAUAACAUUCGGACACAAUCGACACAAACGGGAUGUUUAC